AUGCGGCGCGUCUCGGGCUGCUCGCCGCUCUCCUCCCGUCGGCCCAGCGCCUCCCGGGCCGAGCAGCGCGGCGGGGCCGGCACGCAUCCCGCUGCGGGUCCCCCCGAACGAUUCCCGGUGGCGGCGGUGGACGCCAUCCUGAAGGCCGUGCUGGAGGGCUGCCUGCGGGAGCGGCGCUACGAGCCGGGGCCGUGCCGGGAGAUGGCCGCGACCGUCAGCGAGGUGAUCAAAGCUCGGGUGAAGGACCUGGUGCUGCCGAGGUACAAAAUCGUUGUGGUGACACACAUUGGGCAGCUGAACGGGCAGGGCAUGCAGAUCGGCAGCAGGUGCCUGUGGGAUCCCACCACGGAUACGUUUUCAUCCUAUGUCUUCCAAAACACUUCGCUGUUCGCUCUUGCAACUGUCUAUGCUGUCUAUUUUGAGUAGCGAGGUCGCAGCUUUCAGCAGCAGGAGAAAUGAAUUUCAGUCUGACUCCUGUUGCUGAGAGCAGCAGUGAAGGACCAAGGCAGCAUUCAGCUGCUCAGAAGCGUGGUUCCCCUGAGCUAUCAUUGUAUUCCCCACGGCUUUCCCUGGUUAGUGAUUUUCUGUAGGAUGCAAUUUUGCACCUUUAGCUGCUUUCAGCACUGGGUGUCCCUGUAAAGCUUUUUCUCCUUGAAUUUCCUGUGAGCUUCUGAUCCCUCAAGAAAUCAGAAUGGUUUUUAGAAGGCAAAACAAAUGCGUUUGGAACCGAUCCACACGAUGGGGCAGCUCAGCCCUGGCCCCGUGCAAUCACUGCCCUGCUCAUGCAGGGUGCCAUUGUGUGGCCAUGCAGAAGGCAGAGAGUUUUCUUGGAGAUGGCUGGCUGUCCCAUCGUUUUCCAAAUCAAGUGCCUUUAAAUGAAUCAUGUUUGGAUUAUACUGAUCUGACAUGUCUGGCCCCUUUUAUUUAAGGUGUCUGAGUGAAGUGAAAAAAUUAAAAAAGAAAUGGUCUUUCUCAGCUGCUACCUCCCCAUAGACAACAGGAGAAAUGCAUCUCUCUGAGCUCAGAAAUAUAUUUCCCAUCUGUCCAGUUGCAAAUUGACUGCCCACUGGGCAGGGUGUCAGGUAAAUGGGAAAUAAAUCAUGACUCCUCCUGUGUGUUUUGAGGACAGACAGCGGGGUCACUGUGUUACCUGCUGCAGCACUUCCCCUGCUGUGCUGCCCUGCACAGAGCAUGUGCUCGGUGCUGCUCUCGUUUUGGUACCAGCAGGUGCUUGUUGCUACCCCUGUCUCACCGUUGAUGCCCACGUCCAAAAGCUGCUCUUGGAUUUUUGUGGAACGCACACAGUAGCUUGCUGUGUUACAGCUUCUUAUGUGCAAAGACAGGAGGUAGAUGGGAGGACUCACUUCUAAAAUGGCAAUGCUAAAACACUGCAAUACUUUGUAGAAUGGCAACAAACCCACCCGAGUUGUCACUGCAGCUCCUACCGCUCAGCCUUUGCCCCUGCGCAUAAAGAAUAAAAGAAUACAAGAACUGUGCUUUAUGUCAUGAUUGUUUUAAUACCUUCAAGCAACGGCCUGC